GGAGGAAGGGGACGCGGGAGCCAAUCAGAGGGCGGGUGCGGAGCGCGAGGGUUCUAGCAGCUUCCAGAAGGCGGGCGCAGGAAGGUGAAGUAACUAAAGGCUCAAGGCGAGGCGGCGGCAGUGGCGGCGCGGAGACUCGGCUGGCGCCAUGGAGAAGGUGAACGAAUUGAAGGAGAAGGGUAACAAGGCUCUGAGUUCAGGCAACACUGCCGAAGCCGUCAAGCACUACUCGGAGGCCAUCAAGUUGGACUCCUCCAACCAUGUGCUGUACAGCAACAGGUCUGCAGCUUACGCCAAGAAAGGCGAGUACCAGAAAGCCUUGGACGACGCUUGCAAGACGGUGGAGCUGAAGCCGGAGUGGGGCAAGGGCUACUCCCGCAAGGCAGCUGCCUUGGAAUUCCUGAACCGCUUUGAGGAGGCCAAGAGGACAUACGAAGAAGGGCUGAAACAUGAGCCGGGCAAUGCGCAGUUGAAGGAAGGCUUGCACAACAUGGAAGCCAGGCUGGCUGAAAGGAACCUCAUGAACCCUUUCAACCUGCCCAACCUCUACCAGAAGCUGGAGAGUGACCCCCGCACUAGAGGCCUGCUGAGCGACCCAAGCUACCGGGAUCUGAUUGAGCAGCUCCGCAACAAGCCCUCGGAGCUGGGGACGAAACUGAAGGACCCCCGAGUGAUGACAACCCUGGGAGUGCUGCUGGGUGUUGACUUGGCCGGCGCCGAUGAUGAGGAUGAAGCGAUGUCUCCGCCCCCUCCGCCUCCCCCCAAGAAGGAGCCCAAGCCGGAGCCCAUGGAUGAGGACCUCCCGGAGAACAAGAAGCAGGCUCUGAAGGAGAAGGAGCUGGGGAACGAGGCCUAUAAGAAGAAAGACUUUGAGGCGGCCCUAAAGCAUUACGACAAGGCAAAGGAGCUGGACCCAACCAACAUGACCUACAUCACGAACCAAGCAGCGGUGUACUUUGAGAAAGGAGAUUACAAUAAGUGCCGGGAGCUGUGUGAACAGGCCAUCGAGGUGGGGCGUGAGAACCGGGAGGACUACCGGCAGAUUGCCAAAGCUUACGCCCGGAUCGGCAAUUCCUACUUCAAGGAGGAGAAGUUCAAGGAAGCCAUUCAGUUUUACAACAAAUCUCUAGCCGAGCACCGGACUCCGGACGUGCUGAAAAAGUGCCAGCAGGCCGAGAAGAUCUUGAAAGAACAGGAAAGACUAGCCUAUAUCAACCCCGACAUGGCCCUGGAGGAGAAAAACAAAGGCAACGAGUGUUUCCAGAAAGGGGACUAUCCGUGCGCCGUGAAACACUACACGGAAGCCAUCAAGCGCAAUCCCAACGAUGCCAAACUGUACAGCAACAGAGCCGCCUGCUACACCAAACUACUGGAGUUCCAGCUGGCACUAAAGGACUGCGAAGAAUGCAUCCGCCUAGAACCCUCCUUCAUCAAGGGCUACACACGCAAGGCAGCCGCGCUGGAGGCCAUGAAGGAUUAUACCAAAGCCAUGGACGUCUACCAGAAGGCCCUAGAGCUGGACUCCAACUGCAAGGAAGCCUCUGAGGGCUACCAGCGCUGCCUCAUGUCCCAGUACAACCGGAACGACAACCCCGAGGACGUGAAGCGCCGGGCCAUGGCGGACCCCGAGGUGCAGCAGAUCAUGAGCGACCCUGCCAUGAGGCUGAUCCUGGAGCAGAUGCAGAAGGACCCUCAAGCCCUAAGCGAACACUUGAAGAAUCCGGUUAUUGCCCAGAAAAUCCAGAAGCUCAUGGAUGUUGGUUUGAUUGCGAUUCGGUGAUGAUUCUGACUCGGUGCCCUCCCUCCUCCCCCUGUUGAAAAGGGCAGCUGGGACUCAUGGAUGCUGGCAGCCUGCUCCGAGGGCGCGUCGCCUCUAUGGGAGGCAGAGACUUACUUGUACAGUUGAGCGGUGUGUCGGUCUCUCUCUUCCUCAUGCGUGCACACAUGUUCCCGCCCAGCUGGCUCGGGGCCUGGCCUCUCCAUCUCCAUGCCCUGUUGCGCACGCACGGGCGCUCUCUUUCCCUCCCAGCGGUUAUUUCCAUUUGUGAGCUGCCCUCCUCCCCUCUCUUCUCUCUCCCUCCUCCCCUGCAGUUUUUAAUUCUCUUCGCCAGCGGCCGUGGCGUGGGGAGGCUCCACUCUUGUUCGUUGUCUGGUUUCUUUUGGCUGUGAGGCUGCAUUUUGUCUGCUGCGCACCCAAUAAAAGAGCAAAGUUAGUGGCCUUGG